UGGCAAAAGAGAAGGUCGUCAACAUGGCUGAUAUGUUGGUUUAAUUGGAGGUUCGCUUGAAGAUUCAUUCGUUGUUAGUAAAGUGUUUGACCUUAAAUCGAUGUAGUUUAGUGUCUUUAGAACUGAAGUAGUUGUUCGAAUUCCUCCCCGAAAACAUUACAUUGAUUAUUUUUCGUCUCAAUUUUGCAAACAGACUGAGUCACACACAUGCUUCUAAGUACACAUGUUUUAACAGCUGUUACUGUAUCUGACGGUAGCAUCGCGUCUGCGAAACAGUUUUCAUAAGAACGCUUCUCACACAGCUAAAGAAUAUCGUACAAUAAAGUAAGUGAUUGAUUUUUUCUCCAAAAAUGACAGCUUUUUAUUCAUUAAUAGUACUAUUAUUGAUUAAGCUCUCUCGUGCAGGUCCAGUUCCAAAUUUUGGUCUUCCAGUAUCAGUCGCCGGCAGUGCACAAGUGAUCUCUGCAUCCAACCAAACAAGCGCGGUGGUGAAAUCCGCCACAAAUCACCUCGGUAACGUCUCGCUUGCUUCGAACUACACGAAACAUCAAACGGUGUUGGUACAGCUGGCAAUGAUCGCUAACUUUACCGCGAGCGUCGAUCAGUCGAUCGUGAUGCCUUUACUUGCACUAGCUGAAGCCACAUCGGGCAAUGUGAGCGAACUAUUCAACGCCAUUUGGGAAGGGAUCGCUACAACACAGAGCUACAUAACGCAUACACUUCCUGGCGAUUUGAAGAAGCUGGAAAUCGAGAUCGAUCACUACGUACCUGAUCGAUUGAAGGAUGGGUUUGGUUGUGUUCAACGAGGGCUAGAUAGUUUGAGUGAAGCUUUGAAGUCACUGCAAAAUGGUGUCUUAAAUGCAGUUAGGGAAGCAGGGACGAAUAGCAUGUCGAAUGUAGAGCUAAGGAAGUUUGUGAGCUUAAAAGUAGUUAAUGACGUAGCGCGCAGCAUUAGGGCGGUGAGUGUUUGCUUUCCAUCGAUUGUGGAAACAGUUAACAGUACGAGUGACAGGUUGAAAACAGCUGAUCAGUUUAUCAUCGACACGAGCCGCGCUGACGAGCUAACGGGCGUGUAA